CGCUGCAAGCGUGCGCACAGUUUGCUGCUUUAGGUAUCUUUUUCUGUUCUUAAACUUUGCUCUCCAACCUCCAACAUGAAGGCGCUGAGCCCGGUGCGCGGCUGCUACGAGGCGGUGUGCUGCCUGUCGGAACGUAGCCUAGCCAUUGCGCGAGGCCGGGGUAAGAGCCCGUCGGCGGAGGAGCCGCUUAGCCUCUUGGACGACAUGAACCACUGCUACUCGCGCCUGCGGGAACUGGUGCCGGGAGUCCCGCGGGGCACUCAGCUUAGCCAGGUGGAAAUCCUGCAGCGUGUCAUAGACUACAUCCUCGACCUUCAAGUGGUUCUGGCAGAGCCCGCGCCUGGACCCCCGGAUGGUCCGCAUCUCCCGAUCCAGACAGCUGAGCUCACUCCGGAACUUGUGAUCUCCAAGGACAAGAGGAGUUUUUGCCACUGACCCGGUCGUCCUGGCACCUCCCGGUAAGUUCUCCUGACGGGGAGCGGAGGAGGAGGGAGGCUUGCAUGGGAAAUCCUGCCUUUGACAGAACAUUGUAAGGCUUAGGGUUCAAUCAGUUUAGGGAAAGCCUAGCCACUGAGAGGCAAAAGACUUAUGCAUGAUCACUUAGAAUAAACGAUAAUAAACGACAGAACCAAUGUCAAUAUCACGUGCACUCCUAAGGCACGCUGUCUCUGCUCAUCCCGGGUGGCCAGAGCCUAGGGCAAGUGGGCCGGCGUCGCGCCAAAUGAACCUUUCAGUAAAGGCUCAUAGGCCCCCCUUCCCACUAGUGUUAUUUCCAAGCGGGAGGGGGAGUGGUGACUCCGCCUGUGGUCCUUUGGCGCCAACUGGGUGGAGGCAAUGUGGGGCGCGGAGUUAUCAGCUGGAGGUAGAGACCGAGUUUCCUCCCUGGCGCCGGCCAGUCUGCGGCAUCCUCCGCCUGGGCGCGCUCGGCGGAAACUGAUGGCUCCCUCGCUCUUCUCUCCUCCCCCGCCCAGAACGCAGGUGCUGGCGCCCGUUCCGCUUGGGACCCUGGGACUCUGGGACCCUCUCUCCAGCCGGAAGCCUGAGGGGCAUGGAUGAGCUUCGAUCUUGCCACAGCCCUCUUCAUUUACCCUGAACUCAUGCCUCGAGGCUGGACCUGGAGCCCGAGAGCGAAGGACUGAACUUGGGUGGCCUGAAGAGCUAGCUAGCACUCGCUGGUCAGCAGCUGGGCAACGUCACUCUGUCCCCACCCUGACUCAAGUCUUAAAAAGACUGGCUUUUUUCCGAAAAUGGGGUGUCGAGAAGGGUGUGGGGGGUACACGAGUGGCUGCCCUGCACACACUGCCAAGGCAGCAUAAGAGCUGGUCUUCUGGUUUCCUUGGAGAAAAGCUCUGUUGCCCUGAUUAUGAACUCUAUAAUAGAGUAUAUAGCUUUUGUACCUUUUUUUUACAGGAAGGUGACUUUCUGUAACCAUGUGAUGUAUAUUAAACUUUUUAUAAAAGUUAACAUUUUGCAUAAUAAACAAUUUUUGAACA